UAAAAACAUCAAAUUUUAUGCAGAAAACAAUUACAUUUCAUUAAAUUUCAAAAAAAUUUGGCAAAUUAACAAAAUUCCAAGUUAUCUAAGAAAUGGGCACCAACUACCAAUAUAUACCGUGCGCGUUACAAGAAGAGCUCCGYCGCAUCGCCAAUGCGAUAGUGGCACCGGGCAAAGGUAUAUUGGCGGCCGAUGAAUCGCCCGGCAGCAUGGAAAAGAGAUUUUCACCAUACAAUAUACCAAAYACCGAAGAAAAUCGACGUCAAUAUCGCCAACUCAUGUUUACGACCGAAAACCUACAGGACUACAUAUCGGGUGUUAUUUUGCAUAACGAAACUCUCUACCAAAAAGCAGAUAAUGGCAAGACAUUUGGGGAUUUGCUGCGUCAUCGUGGCAUACUUGUCGGUAUAAAAGUGGAUAAAGGCAUUGUACCGCUGCCUGGUACUUUAGAUGAGGGCACCACGGAGGGUCUUGAUGAUCUCUAUUGCCGUUGCGGCAAAUACAAAAGGGAUGGUUGUGAUUUUGCAAAAUGGCGUUGUGUUUUGAAGAUCGGCAAACAGACACCCUCCUUUCAGGCGAUUAUGGAGAAUACGAAUAUUCUCGCGCGUUACGCCUCCAUAUGCCAGUCGCAGGGUCUUGUGCCAAUCGUGGAACCAGAAGUGCUGAUCGAUGGAGAUCAUGAUAUAAUUAGAGCUCAAAAGGUGACGGAAACUGUUUUGGCCGCUCAAUACAAGGCAUUGAAUGAUCAUCACGUAUUCUUGGAGGGCACCCUGCUGAAACCGAAUAUGAUACUACCCGGUCAAAGCUCUUGUCGAAGGAAUUCACCUGAGGAAGUAGCUUAUGUAACCGUGCAAAGUUUUCUUAGAGCAGUACCAGCUGCUGUACCAGGCAUCGUUUUCCUUUCUGGCGGUCAAUCGGAGGAAGAGGCUACAGUGCAUUUAAAUGCAAUAAACACUAUAAACUUGAAACGACCUUGGGAACUUUCAUUCUCUUACGGACGUGCCCUACAAGCAUCGGCGAUGGCAGCUUGGGCUGGCAAAAAAGAAAACAUACCACUUGGUCAAGCCGAGCUUAAGAAGAGGGCUAAAGCGAGUUCACUGGCCAGAAGUGGUAAAUAUGUUGCGGGUUCCAUACCACCCUUUAAAGCAGAACAAAGUCUAUUUGUAGCCGAUCACAAAUACUAAGGACCUGAGAAUGACAUCACAUAUUAUCAGAUUUUUAAACGAUACUUAUGCCUUAGGACUUAUAAAUUGAAACAAUAAAAAUUGUAUUACCUAAAACGAA